CUCGACACACUCACCACAUAAACCCUGGCCAGCUGUUCUCUCUCUCUCUCUCUCUCUCUCUCUCUCUCUCUCUCUCACACACACACACACACACACACACACACACAAAUCGCUCCACCAGAAGCAGAAGAGCAUCAUUCCUUUCACCUGCCUGAAAACCCACCUGGUCUUAACUGGGAAAAGAAACGUCGCAGUGUGAGUGCACUAAUGCUGCUCUACCCUCUGAAACCUCUGAUCAGAAACCUCAUCCAUCAGCAGAACAGGAGUGGAUAACACCAACGCAAAUCUGGUUCUGAGGUCGUUUUCAGAGGGACAUUUGGGACUUUUGGUGAUAGACCUCCAAGCUGAGAUCCACAUCUAAGGAGCAAGUUGCAGACAGAGGAAUCUCCGUGCCCCCUGGUGGAGGAUGGAGGAACUUGCGACUCAGAAUCGCGCUGUUUGUAUCUGAGUGCCAAAGAUGGACAUGUCCAGAUUACCUCAGGGCCAUGCACUCAACGAAACGGAGCUCAACAGCACACUCAGGUAUGGCCCCUUUGUGCACCUCCCUCCCAGCAUGCAGCUGGGCACCAUGUCCAAUCCGCAGUCCCGCCUGCGGGACCUGACGGGUCUGGUGGCCAUGGUGAUACUGAACGUCGUGGCCCUCGUUGCUAACGUGGCCAUCCUGGCUGUCGUGGCGAGAGCACCCCACCUGCGCAAAUUCGGCUUCGUGGGCCACCUGUGCGCUGUGGACGUGCUGUGCGCUGCCCUGCUCAUGCCUCUAGCCAUCGUCUGCGGCUCGCCACUUUUCGCCGGAAUCAUCUUUUCCGCACUCGAGUGCCGCCUCUACGUUUUCCUCAACACCUUCCUGAUCUCCGCCUCCAUCUUCUCGGUGACAGCCAUUAGCGUGGAGCGCUACUACUACAUCGUGCACCCCAUGCACUACGAGAGCAAAAUGACACCGCGGUUGGCUGCUGCCGUCAUGGUGCUGGUGUGGGUGGCGUCCGCCCUCCUCGGAUUGGCCACUGUCUUUGGGUGGCCCAAUUAUGGGAGCCGGAGCUCCAUAGCUGCUGCCCACUGUUCUCUGCACUGGAGUCACAGCGGGCACCGGCGCAUCUUUGCAAUCGUCUUCUGCGUGCUGUGCUUCUGCGUGCCGGCCGCGAUCAUCCUCGCCGUCUACGCCAAUGUCUACAAGGUCGCACACACAGCUGCCCGGCACAGGGGCCCCCUGCCGAGCUGGGUGGUGGCAGCGACACCCCGCCCCAAGCGCCGCUCCGACUCUGUCAACAGCCAGACCACCAUCAUCACCACCAGCUCGAGUGCCAGGCGAGAGACGCGCGCCCCCCGCAGGCCAAGGAGGCCGCUGGUGGGCGGCAAAGCCGCCGUCACCCUGGCCGUCAUCGUGGGCCAGUUUGUCCUCUGCUGGCUGCCAUACUUCGCUUUCCACCUGCACCUGUCACUGGGCUUUUCACACAGUGCAACAGUGGCAGAGGCCGAGGCACCCGUCACGUGGCUGGCGUACUCCUCGUUCGCGGUGAACCCGUUCUUCUAUGGCCUGCUGAACCGGCAGAUUCGUGAGGCGCUGUGCAAGGCUAUGUUCUGCUGCUGCCGCGCCUCACCCAGCCGGCCACCGCCGCGGGGUGAGACUUCUGUCCGUGAGGGCUCCGCCCACAAGGACUUCCUGCAUUUCCUGAAACGUAGUGGCUCUGUGGAGGCAACACGGAGCAGCUGCCACUCAGCCACGCCAAGGACCACACUGGACCAAACCGCAUUCCGGAUUCCUGGACAGAUCCCCGAAGAGGUCACCUAAGCCUGGUUCAGACUGAUUCAAAUCUGAAUUGUUUAAAUCAGAUUAGAAUCUGAAAUGUUCUGACAGGAUUCAAAUGAGAAGUGUUUUUUUUUUUUCAUAGGAAAAAAAAAAGAGGUAGUAUGGUUCAAACUGAAAAAAAUCAUAUUCUUAUAGAUAUAUAUUAUGUGAGAAAAAGGUUUCAUAUAGCUUCCAAAAUAUUUUUUAUUUUUUUUUUGUUUAAAAAAAGAAAGGAAAAAUAUAAACAUUCAGAUAUAUUCUAAAUCCUAAUUUCUGACAAUUUCAGAUGCCAAAAGUAUCAGACAACCAUGGUCACCUGAAGAAGAAUAAAUAUACUGUUCAAAUCAAAUUUAUUUGUCUGUUAGAUUUGUGUGCGGACAUGCAGUUGGCAUGUGAUAAUUCAUCAAAAUAUUUGAGAUCAGUUUAGAUGUGUUCUUUCUCUGUAAAAUUCAUAUAAAAUUACCAUUUUGUAGAGCCAAGUUUUCUGAUUUCACUUGAAUUACAUGUUAAUAAUCAGGUAUCCAACACAUGCUAAAGGAAAAACAUUUUUGCUAGAAGAGAUCAGAUGGCCUAAACUCAACCACAGCUACUCAGGGCUGUUAGUUUAAGGCAUUAGGCAUACAUUUUAGGAAUAAAGGGGUAGGACCUGUUACAGGACUGCUUGAAUAGAUGCUUAAACUGCUGGUUUUCGGUCAUAUCUUAUUAGCAGAGGAAAAUGUUUAGAGCAGUACAUAACAACAAACCUUCCAUGACUGCCUUAACAAACAACACAUUUAACCCAGCUUUUGUACCAGUAAACUCUGUCUCCCUAUGAAAUUAAUGUUAUCAGUUAUUUUUGGUCCUCAUCCCUUUUCUAUUUGUUUCAUAUUGCACAAUAAUGCAUUGACAUACAGUAUCUGGUGGUGUUUUAUACUAAUGUUUAAGGGACAUAUUUUAUUAUAUCAGAUGCUGUCAUAUGUCUAGUUUUGUGCACAAAAUUAUGCAAAAACUAUAUUUAUUCAAGAAUGCAAAUGCAUUUUCCCCCAUAUGCUGUUCUAUUCUACCUGUUACUUUUGCCACAUGUGCAACAAUCAGCUUCAUGAGCUUCAAGGCUAAACACCCCACCAUGGCACAUGGCAGCAUGUAGCUCAUGUCUCUGUAUGGAAAUGUCUGUUCGAAAUAGGAGUGGGUCACAGCUAGCAAACUCCCAAACAGAUGGAAGCGUCUGCGUCGUCAUCAGACUCUUUUAGCGCAGUCUCCGUUUGCCGCUUACUCUGGUAUAUUUAUGUCAUGUUAAGUCCCGCUGCACACCACAAUGCCUUGCUUAUUUCGCAUCUUGCACAUAUCGUGCUAAGCUGCGGAGGUGACCAAUUAUGGUGGUGCAGGGUUUCAUUGUGGUGAUGAUUUGGAGUUGCUGCAUAUACAUAAGGUGUGUAUAGCUUGAAUAAUGACCUCAUGAAGACUUUCUGCAUUUGAUACCUUGCUAUUGUCAAAAUGCCAAGUCACAAAAUGUCAGCGAUUUGGAUAAGACUUAUAUUUCUUUGUUUGUUUGUUUAUUCUUUACAUGCCAGAUUUGAAUUUAUGUACCAGGGAUGCUGUCGUAGCACUAAAGGGCUGCAGGUUCUCUCCUCUUCUCUGACUCUUGACUGAUGCGAAACACCACUAUACUAUAGUACCCCUGUUGUAUUUCUUCUGGUAUUGCCACCUUGUGGAGACUUUACUGCUUGCUAACCGGGAGUGAGUAUGUAAGUGAGUUACAAUCCAGUUACAUGACGUGCUUCAUAUCUAAAAAACGUAAUUACCAUACUGUCUGUUACUCUUGAGGCAGCCAUGGCCAAAGUUACUGAACCUUUAAAUAAACUUAACAUCAUUGUUAUGUGCAUUGAA